UCCCGCCGGGUGACAGCCUCCGCGGGAAGCGGCGGGAGCGGCGCCGCGGGACGCGGGUGACGAGGACGCCUCGGCCUGCGGGCGAACCAGCCCCUCACCGCCACCACGUCCCCUCGGGCUCGGCAGAGAUGCUGAGAUCGACGUGGAAUUUCCUGAAGCGUCACAAAAAGAAAUGCAUCUUCCUGGGCACGGUUCUCGGAGGAGUAUAUAUCCUGGGGAAAUACGGACAGAAGAAAAUUAGAGAAAUACAAGAAAGAGAGGCUGCAGAAUAUAUUGCUCAAGCCCGACGUCAGUAUCAUUUUGAAAGUAACCAGAGGACUUGCAAUAUGACAGUACUGUCCAUGCUCCCAACACUAAGAGAGGCAUUAAUGCAGCAGCUUAACUCAGAAAGCCUUACAGCUCUGCUAAAAAACAGGCCUUCAAACAAGAUAGAAAUAUGGGAGGAUCUAAAGAUAAUAAGUUUCACAAGAAGUGUUGUGGCCGUGUACAGCACCUGUAUGCUGGUUGUUCUUUUGCGAGUCCAGUUAAACAUAAUUGGUGGAUAUAUUUACCUGGACAAUGCAGCAGUGGGCAAAAAUGGCUCUACAGCUCUCGCUCCCCCAGACGUCCAGCAGCAGUAUUUAUCAAGUAUCCAACAUCUCCUCGGAGAUGGUCUGACAGAACUGAUCACUGUCAUUAAACAAGCUGUGCAAAAAGUUUUAGGAAGUGUUUCUCUUAAACAUUCUUUAUCCCUUUUGGACUUGGAGCAAAAACUAAAAGAAAUCAGAACCCUUGUUGAACAGCAUAAAUCUUCUUCUUGGAUUAAUAAGGAUGGAUCCAAAUCUCUAUUAUGCCAUUAUAUGAUGCCAGAUGAAGAAACUCCACUUGCAGUCCAGGCCUGUGGGCUUUCUCCGAGAGAUAUUACCACUAUUAAACUUCUCAGUGAAACUAGAGACAUGUUGGAAAGCCCAGAUUUUAGCAUGGUUUUGAAUACCUGUUUAAACAGAGGAUUCAGCAGACUUCUGGACAAUAUGGCUGAAUUCUUUCGACCUACAGAACAGGACCUCCAGUAUGGCAACUCCAUGAAUAGUCUCUCUAGUGUCAGCCUGCCUUUAGCUAAGAUAAUUCCCAUAGUAAAUGGACAGAUCCAUUCCGUUUGCAGUGAAACACCUAGUCAUUUUGUUCAGGACCUGUUGAUGAUGGAACAGGUGAGAGACUUCGCUGCUAAUGUGUACGAAGCCUUCAGCACCCCUCAGCAGCUGGAGAAGUGAGACUUUUUCCUUCAAGAAAAACUCUUGGGAUCCAUUCAUGCU